GACUUCGACUUAUCUCGUUCAUCACACUGCAUAGAGAUGAUAUCGUCGUAGCAGGUCGUUCAUUUGGACCAAAUAAAGUGCACGGGCUCGAUGGGAUAAUGUUGUUGUGUGUAUGCAGUAUGUAAAUAAUCCAGGGGAGCAUGGUGGAGGAGCCAAGCGCACGGGAUGAAAUAAGACAUGAGAUUCGAGGACUAAUUACGGUUUGAUCACAUUUGUGUGGUCUUCAGAUCAUCUCUCCAAAGUCAAGAUCAGUGACCUCUGGAUAGCUUUCAAAAAGCUUGUAUGCAGUCAGGGAUCAGCCUGUCAACUCGUCACGAAAAGGACAAAAUUUUAAAGACGUUUCAACAAACACCAAGAGCAUAUAUCCCCCUCUGGCUAAACCAUACAUAUUUGCAAUUGACUUUUUACUUAGCUAGAGAAAGUGAUUAAUAAGACCUUCAAGUCAUGGCGUCUAUAUCACCAAAAGGAGAAUCUUUUAAGUCUCGACUGCUUUUCCAAUGGUGUGAGAGAGCUUAUGGCGAGAGUGAGCGAAGGUCAGGACAACUAGUAGAGCAGGAGUUGUUUGAUCUUCCUUCUGAUCUCAAAGCGGUGAAAUGGAGACGGCGUCUGGAAGCUUCUUGGAAAACAGUGCUCGAAAGUCAAAGAGCACAAUAUACAUCUGUAGAUCCAGGACCAGAUGAUGAGCUGAUAACGGAAAAUUCCUCAGAGGAGCAGAAAGAGGACACACACGGUAUCAGAUGGCUAUUUUCAAGUGUCUUGUUUAGAACUGUAUGGCGUGUUUAUAAGGGACUAUUCUUCCAAGUGCUGACUUUCCUGAUAUUAGGACGCAUUUGUGCGAUGAUUGCAAAACCAUUUUUGAUGACUCAGUUGAUCCAGUUUCUGAGUGAAGGUUCUCCUUUCGCCCUGAGCUCCGGAAUUCCCAUUUUUCUUUUGAUGAUGAUGUUUCUCUUUCUGUCUUCGCUUGCUCAGGAGUGGAGCUUUUACGUCACAAGUAUGGCUGAAAUAGCCAUAGGGUCCGGAGUAGGGAACAUGGUGUUCGCCAAGGUGUUAAGACUUUCUAGUGCAGAGAGGCGAAAAUUUACUAUUGGAGAAAUAAACAAUAUCCUGACAUCGACUGUCCCGAAAAUGGCAAACAACUUGAGCGCAACAGCAUAUGCAUUCACUAGUGUUUUCAACCUCUUGGGGAACUGUAUUUUCCUCUAUGUAUAUGCUGGUUGGUUUUCUGUAUUAGUCAUUGGCCUCAUGGGAGUGUCUGUGUGGGUCUCGGGGUCGGUAGAGAAAAAACAAGAGCAAGUUUCCCUUGAAAAGUCUGAGGCCCAGAACCGCAAGAUGACGUUACUCACCCAAAUGUUUCGUGGAAUAAGAGUGAUCAAAUUGCACGCAUGGGAAAAGGUGUUUGGUCGACGUUUGGAAGCAGCUGUGGACGAAGAGUUAAAGCUGGGAAGGCGAGAGAUUUUGUUGUACCUUGUAUCGGCUGUGAUGUGGGAUAUUGUGCCCAUGCUGGCUAUAGCGCUCUUGCUUCUCUGCCACUUGCAAAUUGGGGAUGUGACUACGUUUCUGCGUCCAGACUCGAUCUUUGGCGUUGUUGUCGUCAUAAACGACAUGAGGUUUUUCCUGGGCGAGAUGACUCUUCUCUAUAGCUUGCUCUACCUUGUCAAGAACUCUGUUCGAAAAAUAGAGCCGUUGUUAUUGGCUACAGAAAUUCACCUGGAAGAGGGUUUGAUCUCUCUUCAAAGCAAUGAACCUGUUGCGGACACGACUGCCCCUGAUGAAAAUUCAGGUGGAACUUGUAGUGAAAAUGUACAGGACUGUGCAUUGUCCUGUAUACAGGAAUUUGACUUUGAACACAGGUAUAAUGAAGCAGCAAUUAUUCCAAAGAAAGCUCUACAAUUCAAAGAUCGAACAGUAAUUUAUCCUCAUACUGACCCGAUUUCUAUGUCUAACGCUACUUUCAUUUGGGACAAACGCAAAAGAAUUGACUUUUCCCUUAGAGAUUUUACCGUGAACAUUCGUCGUGGAAGGUUUGUAGCGGUUGUAGGCAAAGUGGCCAGUGGAAAGUCAUCCUUUUUGGCUGCGAUUCUCGGAGAAAUGGAAAGAGUUUCUGGAGUAGUACGGACUACGGGUACGAUCGCCUAUGUCCCUCAAGAGGCGUGGCUAAUGAACGAUAGCAUCCGUGCCAACAUUCUGUUUGGGCAAACUCUUGAUCCGCCACGAUACAAGCGAGUACUCGAAGUCUGCGCGCUAGACAAAGAUUUGACCCAGUUCCCCUCUUUCGACGACACAUUGCUAGGUGAGAAAGGAGUUAACAUCAGUGGUGGACAGAAGCAGAGGAUCUCUCUAGCCCGUGCAGCAUACAGUGGGGCUGACCUCAUUCUCUUAGACGACCCCCUCAGUGCAGUUGACGCGGAAGUUGGUGAGCACAUUUUCAAAAGUCUCCUCGGUCCUUCUGGACUUCUCAGUGACACGACUCGAGUCAUGGUGACUCAUGGUGUUCAGUGGCUCAGAGGAGUUGACUCCGUGUUGCUUCUUCAGCUGGCCCCUGAUGGCACAGCUAACAUAAAAGAGCUCCCAGGUGGCGCUGCUAGCAUUGACGGGUUCCAUACAAAUGAGGUCUGUGAAGACGACAGGGAGCAGCAGCAACAACAACUGAAAAUGACAAUCUAUGGAGACUUUGACGCCAGAGGUUAUACUUGGUUGGAAAAUGAAGAUUCUUUAAAGAAACCCAUUGAGGAAAUCUCCAGAAACGAAAAUACGGAUGACGAUGCAGAGCUGCUGUCAAUUUCAAGCCUCGAGUGUCUUUUCGCCUAUCUGAAGUUUUUCGGAAAAGGCUCAGGUUUAGCUUUGGUUUUGCUUAGGUUAGUGUGUGCUGCUAUAUUUGCACUUCCAGGUUUGUCUUUGCAGGCGUGGUCAGAUGAUUUGAACGGUACUGAAGUGACACAUUGCAAAAUAGCACAGCAUCAGAAGAAUGCCGGCUCCUCAAACUGUAGUGCUGCCGACGAGUUAAAAUAUAGUGUAGAGAAUGAGUCUGAUGUUCGUGUGUGGAACAUAAGCCUCUACUACUUGUCUGUCUUUUUGUCAGGAACUGGCGCACUGUUCCUUGUCCUAGUCGCAUACCAACUGUUAUUGGCUCAUAGCGUGUUUCACUGCACGAGGAAAAUGUCACAGUGUUUGCAGUGGUCAGUGUUCAGAUCCCCUUUGGCAUUCUUUGAAACUAACUCUAUCGGGAAAAUUGCUCUCCGUUUCGGCCAUGAUGUGAAUGAGAUCGGCCACGAUGUUCCUGUGAAAAUAGAAUACGUCACCGUUGGGUUUUUAAAUGUAGCAAUCAGUUUAUCUGUUGUGUGCUUUGCAUGCUCUGAAACUUCCCUUCUACUCCUUCUUUUUAUUCCUUUCAUGUAUCAAACCAUAAAGAAAUACAUAAAUGUGACCGGUUCGGUUCAAAAUCUAAUUAAAAAGUAUGAAGACUUCCAGUACAGUAAAGCAUUUGAGGCAGUGGAGGGAUCAGAAGUCAUCAGAGCAUUCGGACACACCGACAGGUUUAUUGCUUCUUAUGAACAGGCGACAGACAAAUGCAACAAAAUUCAUUUCAACAGAAACGCACAAAGUCGAUGGAUGAGCUCUCGGCUUCUUCUCAGCAGCAGCGUGUUCACCGCUCUAUGCGCUUUGGUAACGGCCUUGUGCGCGCCAGAGAGCACUCUGGGCUCCACAGUUGGACUUGUCAUAACCUAUGCUCUGGAGGUUGGUCAUAACGCUUUCUUUUUCGGGCUUCUCUUGAAUUCAGCUGCCAAAAGUCUUACAUCUAUAGCGAGAUUGACGAAAUAUUUAUCUCUUCCAAGCGAGGCGGCGUGGAAAAUAGAAGAUGAGGGAGGCCCGUCGAAAUGGCCUACCCACGGGAAAGUUGUCUACAGAAAUCUGUGUGUGGCGUACGGGGUUCAUAACUCUGCUAAGAGCGAUGAUAACUGGGAUUGUAACGAUAUGAAUAUGGUUCUGAAAGAUGUGUCUUUUACCGUAAUGCCAGGUGAGAAGAUUGGAGUUGUUGGGAGGACUGGAGCCGGGAAAACUACCCUCCUUCUGUCAUUGUUUCGUUUGGUAGAGGCACGAAGUGGGUCUGUGUACAUCGAUGACAUCGAUAUUAGCACACUCGGCUUACACGAGUUGAGGUCAAAGGUAGCGAUCAUCCCUCAAGACCCCGUUCUCUUCACAGGGACACUUCGAUCCAAUCUAGAUCCUGAAGGAUGCUCGAGCGAUGAUGACAUCUGGACAUGUUUACAACAUGUGGGUAUGGAGAAGUCCGUCAGCUCUUUACCUGGUGGUUUAGAUUUUGAGUGUUCAGAAGGCGGAGCCGGGAUGAGCCUCGGCCAAAGGCAACUUUUGUGCAUGGCUCGGACGUUGAUGAGAAAGUGUCGGAUUCUUGUUCUCGACGAGGCCACGUCCUCUGUUGAUUGUGACACUGAUCGUCUGCUACAGAGUACUUUACGUCACGAGUUCUCGAGCUGUACUGUGUUCACGAUUGCGCACAGAAUCGAUACUGUCUUAGACUAUGAUCGGAUCUUGGUGCUGGACUCCGGUAAGAUCGUAGAGUUUGACUCUCCUGCUCAACUGUGUAACAACCCGGGGAGUUUCUUAAGAAAGCUCAGAGAACAAAGUACAGGUUGAGUAGUCUCUGACACAGUAUUAUAAUAUAUGUACUCUGUUUAUAUUCACUGCCUCUCCUGCCCUUCUAAUGUUCAUGCUCCAUUUUACUUCUAUGGACUUACUUUUCAUACACAUGUAUACAAAAUUGUUAUUUAUAAUAUAAAAGAGGGGGAGGGAGGGGGAGUGCAAAAAUAGGUAUACGGUUAUGAAAAAGGAAACGCGAACAUUACUCAUGGCAUUUAUCUCCCAAAACAAAUGAAAAUUGUAUAUUUCAUAUAAGAACAAGCAUACCGUCAAUCCUGCAGGUACUCAAACUGUUGACCAAUUGUAUUCACUCACUCUUCUGUUAGCUUUAAUGAAGUAAGUAUUAAAACAAAGGUUUUAUACUUACUGUAUAUUUGAGUUUACACUCUCUGUAUAUUUAUUUUGUGCGAUCAUCAUCAUCAUCAUCAUCAUCAUCAUCAUCAUCAUCAUCAU